AUGCCCCUUUGCUUCUCGGCCCAACGGCCGGGCCUCGAGGGCGAGGGGCGCCCGGGACCCCAGGGCAGGGCGCAAACCUCAUGCCCUAACCCCAGCACCCCACCCUCGCUCCGCCAGCCUGCAGCCGCGCACGCCGCCGCGGGGUGUCCCCUUCGCGCUGAGGUCAUCUCCCGCAGCGCCGCUGCCCUUGGACCUCGACGGGCAGCCCCGACGGGAGAGCGGGGUGGCUUAGGGAGCUCUUGGGGAGCGGAGGAGGAGGAGCAGCAGCAGCUCCGAGCAGCCCCGGCCAGGCGCUUCUACCUCGUGGGCACCAACGGCGUCAUCUCCACCCAGGACUUCCCCAGAGAGACCCAGUAUGUGGACGAUGACUUCCCCACAGACUUCCCGGCCAUCGCCCCCUUCCUGGCCGACAUCGACACGAGCCACGGCAGGGGCCGGGUCCUGUACCGCGAGGACGCCUCCCCGGCAGUGCUGGGCCUGGCCGCCCGCUACGUGCGCACGGGCUUCCCGUGCUCUGCCAAGGGCUUCGCCCCCACCCACGCCUUCCUGGCCACCUGGGAGCAGGUGGGCGCCUACGAGGAGGUCACGCGUGGGGCGUCGCCCUCGGGAGAGUGNCGGGCUGCGGCGCUGCACCCGGGCGAGCUCUUCCCCUACGGGGAGUCGCGGGGGGACCAGGUCCUGCAGGAAGGCGACGACGAGAGCUCAGCCGCGGUGCAGCUGGCGAUUCCCCUGCGCUUCUACGAAGCCCAGUUCAGCAGCCUUUACGUGGGCACCAACGGCGUCAUCUCCACCCAGGACUUCCCCAGAGAGACCCAGUAUGUGGACGAUGACUUCCCCACAGACUUCCCGGCCAUCGCCCCCUUCCUGGCCGACAUCGACACGAGCCACGGCAGGGGCCGGGUCCUGUACCGCGAGGACGCCUCCCCGGCAGUGCUGGGCCUGGCCGCCCGCUACGUGCGCACGGGCUUCCCGUGCUCUGCCAAGGGCUUCGCCCCCACCCACGCCUUCCUGGCCACCUGGGAGCAGGUGGGCGCCUACGAGGAGGUCACGCGUGGGGCGUCGCCCUCGGGAGAGCUGAACACUUUCCAGGCAGUUUUGGUAUCUAAUGAGACUGAUACAUACGCCCUCUUUCUUUAUCCUGCCAAUGGCCUUCAGUUCUUUGGAACCCGCCCCAAAGAAUCUUACAACGUCCAGCUCCAGCUCCCAGCACGGGUGGGCUUCAGCCAAGGGGAGGUGGAUAACCCGAAGAGAGGAGUGUAUUUCAGCUUGACUAGCACUGAACAGUCUGUGAAAAAUCUCUCUCAACUAAGCAACCUGGGGAUUCCUGGAGUGUGGGCUUUUCACAUCGGCAGCACCUCCCCAUUGGACAAUGUCAGGCCAGCAACAAUUGGAGGACACCUUUCCACUGCCUACUCUUUGGCUCCCCUGGAAAAUCCCUUGAGCCAUAAUGUAUUCCUAGAAAGCGACUAUUCUGAGGACAAUUUAAACUGUGCUGAUGAGAGUGAAGAGGAAGUUGAAUAUCCCCCUAGUAAACCAGAGGAGGCAUUGAAUGGCCGCAAAAGUAUUGAUCUUCUCUACUACUUGAAAUCAAAAUCUAAUUCAGGGCCUUUAGGAGGUGGGUUCUCUCCUAAGGAUUCUGAUUUGGCCUCCCCUUUGCCAUAUCCAUUACCUAGUGAUUGGCCAGAAUCUGCCACCUGGGACCCUCAAACCAAAGAGGGAUCGUCUCUGGAGAAGGCAGAGGCCCAGGAUUUAAAAGGCCAAGCUGAACCUUUGAACCAGACAGGAACCAGAAGCUUGGCUCCAUCAAAGGUAGAUGGAGAUUCACUGGCUCCUUCCCAGGAAACCCCACCACCCUACCCUGGAAACAGAAGCAUCCAACCCUACCCAGAUGGAGGGGCAGUGCUUUCAGAAAGGGAUGUUCCUCCAGCCCAUCCUGAAGAUCACUCCCCACCAGUGAGUCACGAGAGGAACAUAGUAGGAGUGGAAGACUAUGACAGUUCCAACACGCAGGGGACUGCUCAUCUGACCUCUGACAGGAGGGAAGAAUUAAGAGUUUCCAAGGUGGAAACCUGUGAACACAACCACGGGCAGUGUUCCUGGCACGCCUUCUGCACGGACUAUGCCACCGGCUUCUGCUGCCAUUGCCAGUCCAAAUAUUUUGGGAAUGGGAAGCACUGUCUGCCUGAAGGGACACCUCAUCGCAUCAAUGGGAAAGUGAGUGGCCACCUCCACGUGGGCCAAACACCUGUGCACUUCACUGAUGUGGACAUGCAUGCUUACGUCGUGGGCAAUGAUGGCCGAGCCUACAUGGCCAUCAGUGACAUUCCGCAGCCAGCUGCCAAGGCCCUUCUCCCCCUCACGUCAAUCAUAGGCCUGUUUGGUUGGCUCUUUGCUUUAGAAAGACCAGGCUCUGAGAAUGGCUUCAGCCUCACAGGUGCUACCUUUGUCCAUGACAUGGAAGUUGCUUUCUACCCUGGGGAAGAGAGGGUUCGUAUCUCUCAAACUGCUGAGGGGCUGGACCCAGAGAACUCUCUGAGCAUUAAGACCAGCAUUCAAGGCCAGGUGCCUCACAUCCCUGAAGAUUUCAUAGUCAUCACUCCUCCCUACAAGGAGUUUUACCGUUACUCAGACUCAGUUGUGACCUCCACAAGUUCUAGAAACUACUUUCUCAGAACAAGUGCAGCCGAGCAAACACAGUCCUUCCACAUCAACCAGAAUGUCACUUACCAGGUGUGCAGGCACGCUACCAGACGCCAGGCCAGCCCUACCACCCAGCAGCUGAGUGUGAACCAGGUCAUUGCCAUGUACAGCGAGAGAGAAAGUAUGCUCAGAUUCUCUGUGACCAGUCAGAUUGGCCCUGUUGAAGAGGAAUCAGACCCCACUCCAGUGAAUCCUUGCUAUCGUGUGACACAUGGAUGUGACAGAAAUGCACGGUGCCUUCCAGGGACAGGUGUAGACUACACCUGCGAGUGUGCCCCUGGAUUCCAGGGAGAUGGGAAGAAUUGUGUGGACAUAAAUGAAUGUGACACUGGCUCCCAUCGCUGUGGCCCCAACUCUGAGUGUAUCAACUUUAAGGGAAGUUACAGGUGUGAGUGCCAGAGUGGUUAUGAGUUAGCAGAUGACCGGCACACUUGCAUCUUGAUUGCCCCACCUCCCAGCUCUUGUGAGGAUGGUAGCCACUGUGUUCCUGCUGCGACGGCCCGGUGCAUUCACUACAGAGGCAGGAAGUUUGGCUGUACCUGCCUGCCUGGCUACACUGGUGAUGGACACCAGUGUGCCGAUAUUGAUGAAUGCUCAGAAAACAGAUGUCAUCCUGCGGCUACCUGCUACAACACUCCUGGUUCCUUCUCCUGCCGUUGCAAACCUGGCUAUCAUGGGGAUGGAUUCCAAUGCACACCUGAGUCCACCCAGAGGCCCCAGACCGUCUGUGAACGCUGGAGGGAAAACCUACUGGAGCAAUAUGGUGGCACGCCGCGGGAUGACCAGUACAUGCCUCAGUGUGAUGACCUGGGCCACUUCAUCCCCCUGCAGUGCCACGGGAAGAGUGACUUCUGCUGGUGUGUAGACAAAGAUGGCAGAGAGGUGCAGGGCACGCGCUCCCAUCCAGGCACCACCCCAGCAUGUGUACCCACGGUUGCUCCACCCGUGAGCCAGCCUGAGGUGACCCCUUCAUCUGUGGGCACUACCCUGCUCUAUGCCCAGGGCCAGCAGAUCGGCCAGUUGCCCCUCAAUGGCACGAAGUUGCAGAAGGGUGCAGCCAAGACCCUGCUGUCACUGCGUGGCUCCAUAGUCGUGGGAAUUGAUUAUGACUGCCAGGAGAGGAUGGUGUACUGGACAGACGUUGUUGGACAGACAAUCAGCCGUGCCAGUCUGGAACCGGGAGCAGAAUCCGAGACAAUCAUUAACUCAGGUCUGAUAAGCCCCGAAGGACUCGCCGUCGACCACUUCCAUAGAACAAUGUACUGGACAGACAGUGUCCUGGAUAGAAUAGAGAGGGCCAAGCUGGAUGGCUCUGAGCGCAGAGCCCUGUUCUACACAGAUCUGGUGAAUCCCCGUGCCAUCGCUGUGGAUCCAAGCCAAGGCAACUUGUACUGGACAGACUGGAAUAGAGAAGCUCCUAAAAUUGAAACAUCUUCUUUAGAUGGAGAAAACAGAAGAAUUCUGGUCAAUAAAGAUAUUGGAUUACCCAAUGGUUUAACAUUUGACCCCUUCUCCAAACUGCUCUGCUGGGCAGAUGCAGGUACCAAAAAACUGGAGUGUGUACUACCUGACGGAACUGGACGACAUGUCAUUCAUAAUCACCUCAACUACCCCUUUGGCAUUGUCAGCUAUGCAGAUCAUUUCUACCUCACAGACUGGAGGAGGGAUGGUGUUAUAUCACUACAUAAAGACAGUAGCCAGUUUACUGAUGAGUAUCUCCCAGAGCAGCGAUCUCAUCUCUAUGGGAUAACUGCAGUCUACCCCUUCUGCCUAGGAAGAGAGUAAAUAUGACAAUGUAAAGGAAGACUUGGAGUUUACAAUCAGAAUCCUGGCCCUAAAGAACACUGCAAACAAAGGCAAAGAAAGUGAAAAAGGAAUUGGCCAUUGGAAGUUCCUGGACAUACAAGAUGAACAUUUUUAGUGCAAAAAGACUAAGUAUAUUUGUGGAAAGUUUAUACCUCAGUCUUUACUACUGUAUUUUUAAAAACAGAGGUUGUUAUUGCAAGUUUAAAAAAAGUAAUAGAAUUUUAAUUGUUACUACUAGAGUUUAAGACACUAAAUAUGAUUUUUGCUAUGGAUUCUUUCUGGCCAAGAAAUUAAAGCAAACAUGGUCAGUAUAAAAAUACAAUCCUAACGAUCACAGUGACAUAGAGAAGGCUAUGCAGAACAAGAUAGGAAAAAACCAACUUAUUUAUAGUUACCAACAAAAGUUCUAAGAUUUUUGUUUUUUACCUCUGUAUCAGUGUGUUUCUAUUUAUAUCAACAGGUGCUAGAAUGAUUCAAUUUGUAUUUUCUGAUCCUGUUAGUGCCUCUAUAGAAGUACCCAACAGAAGGUACUACAUUUAUAAAUACCAAAGAUGUAACAGUUCUCAAAUUUUCUAGAUUAUUCCAAUAAAACAUUUUAAGUUUCCUUACCA